GUCUUUAGGAAGAAUACAAACGUCAAAUGAAGCAAGAGAUGAAAGGGAGAAAGAAAAGAAAACACAGAGAAAACAUAGUACCAGAUAAACUAUAGAGAGAAAGAAAUUAUUUAUUUAUUGAAGGAGGCGAAUCUCCACGAUCCUUUCCUGCUCGCCAUACAAUCCACACUACCUCUUCUGAAUUCUCCUCAUUCAAAUGAUCCAUUUCGGAAGCUACUGAUCGAUUCCACAACUGCGGCGGAGUAUGUCGGCGGAGCGUUUGAAGCAGAUCGAGAUUCGUAGCUCCGGAGCUAUGGCGUCCCAACCUUCAGGCUCGACGAGCAGCGGCAGCAAUCGAGACGACUCGAUGAACAAAGCGGUAGCUCAGUACCCGGUGGACGCUAGGCUGCACGCGGCGUUUGAGCAGUCAGGUGAGUCAUUUGAUUACUAUUCAUCCGUAAAGACUGCAAACGAUGUAGUCCUGCCGGAUGAGGAGAUCGUCGCCUACCUCUCGAAUAUUCAGAGGGGCGGUUAUAUACAGUCGUUUGGAUGUGUGAUUGCGGUGGAGGAUGAGGCGGGGUAUGGAGUCAUCGCUUACAGCGAGAAUGCACGCCAGCUGCUCGGUAAAAUGCCCCACAAUCUUGAGCAGCUCGAGUUUUGGACAGAUGUGAGGACCCUGUUCGCACCUUCCAGCUCUGCUCUUCUCCAGCGCGCGUUUAGAGAGCCGGAUAUCACGUUGCUUAACCCAAUCUGGGUGCAGACCAAGAAAUCCGGUAAGCAUUUUUACGCUAUCUUACAUAAGAUUGAUGUCGGAAUUGUGAUUGACCUGGAGCCUGCUAGUGGUGAGGACCCUGUACUAUCUCUAGCCGGGGCGGUUCAGUCACAGAAGCUCGCCGUGAUGGCCAUUUCACGCUUCCAAUCUCUUCCUGGCGGGGAUGUUCAGCUUCUUUGUGAUACAGUGGUUGAGUCAGUGAGGGAGAUGACAGGGUAUGACCGUGUUAUGGUUUAUAAGUUUCAUGAUGAUCAUCAUGGGGAGGUCGUCUCUGAGAGCAAGAGACAAGAUUUAGAGCCUUACCUUGGUGUCCACUACCCAGCCUCCGAUAUCCCCCAAGCCUCCAGAUUUCUGUUCAAACAAAACCGGGUAAGGAUGAUAGUCGACUGCCAUUCCCCUCCGGUCCGCAUCAUCCAAGACAAAUCUCUAUCUCAGCCAUUGAGUCUUGUUGGUUCAACCCUCCGAGCCCCACCUGGCUGCCACGCCCAGUACAUGGCCAAUAUGGGGUCCAUGGCGUCCUUAACACUCGCAAUUAUCAUAAACGGGAGCGAUGAGGAAGCUAUGGCAGGGAACAAUUCGAUGAGGCUAUGGGGAUUGGUUGUGGGCCACCACACUACCCCUAAAUGCAUCCCCUUCCCGCUUCGUUACUCCUGUGAAUUCCUCAUGAAGGCAUUUGGACUCCAACUGAAAAUGGAACUUCAAUUGGCAUCACAGUUGGCUGAAAAACGUGUGUUAAAGACACAAACACUCUUGUGUGACAUGCUCCUUAGGGGCUCGGCCGUGGAAAUCGUCACAAAAAGUCCAAGUAUUAGGGACCUUGUCAAAUGUGAUGGCGCUGCACUAUAUUACCAUGGGAAUUACUACCCUUUAGGCAUAACGCCUACCAAAGACCAAAUAAAGGAUAUUUGCAAGUGGUUGUUGACUUCACAUGGUGACUCGACCGGUUUGAGCACUGAUAGCUUAGAUGAUGCUGGGUAUCCUAAUGCAGCCUCACUGGGGGAUGAGGUGUGUGGGAUGGCUGCUGCUUAUAUAACAUCAAGAGAUUUCUUGUUCUGGUUUCGGUCGCGAACUUUGAAACAGAUCAAAUGGGGUGGUGCUAGGCAUUAUCCACAAGAAAAAGACGAUGGACAAAGAAUGCACCCACGGUCUUCAUUCAAGGUGUUUCUUGAUGUGGUUAAGAGGCGUAGUUUGCCGUGGGACAAUGCAGAAAUGGAUGCAAUUCACUCUCUGCAGCUUAUCCUACGGGGUGAUUCUUUUAAGGAUAAUGUCUCCAGAAACAAUAAUUCUAAGGAGGCGGUGGUCGUGGAUGGACAGCAAGGAGGAAUAGAUGAGCUUAGCUAUGUGGCUAGAGAGAUGGUUAGAUUAAUAGAAACCGCAACAGCUCCAAUUUUCUCUGUAGACGCUGAAGGGUUCAUAAAUGGUUGGAAUGCAAAGGUUGCCGAGUUGGUUGGGUUGACAGUUGAGGAAGCAUUGGGGAAGUCAUUAAUUCGUGAUAUUGUUCAUAUGGAAUCACAAGAAAGUGCUGAGAAACUUUUGUUUAAGGCAUUGAAAGGUGAUGAAGACAAGAACAUAGAGAUGAAGUUGAAAACAUUUCACACUGACCUAAACAUGGAGGCGGUUUUUCUUGAGGUCAAUGCUUGCUGUAGCAAGGACUACACAAACACAAUAGUUGGUGUCUGUUUUGUUGGUCAAGAUGUGACCGGGCAGAAAAUACUAACCGACAAAUUUGUACGCAUACAAAGUGAUUAUAAAGCAAUCGUGCAUAGCCCCAAUCCUCUGAUCCCUCCCAUUUUCGCUUCAGAUGAGAACACAUGUUGCUCCGAAUGGAACACAGCCAUGGAAAAGCUUACGGGUUGGAGCAAAGGGGAGAUGGUGGGUAAAAUGUUGGUUGGUGAGCUUUUUGGAAGAGUAUGUAGACUCAAGGGUCCGGAUGCUAUGAUGAAGUUCAUGAUUGUGUUGCAUAAUGCCAUUGGUGGGAAAGACACAGAAAAGUCACCAUUUUCCUUUUAUGACAGAAAUGGAAGAUACGUCCGAACUCUCUUGACAGCAAAUAAGAGAGUGAGUAUGGAUGGACGGAUUAUCGGAGCGUUCUGUUUGUUGCAGAUCUCUUCUUCUUCUGAAGAGAAGGAAGAAGAUAUCAUACUCCAGAGGGAUAAUGAAGAAUGUAAUGACAGAUCAUUCUCUAAGAAAAAAGAGAUGGCGUAUAUCUGUCAAGAAAUUAAAAACCCGCUCAAUGGUAUACGCUUCACAAAUUCCUUACUGAAGUCUACAAAUUUGACCGAAUAUCAAAAGCAGUUCCUGGAGACUAGUGCUGCUUGCGAGAAGCAGCUGUUAAAGAUUGUUAGGGAUUAUAUUGUUGUUCCCGAAAACAUUGAAGAUGGGUAAAUUUCUGUUAUUGAUUUGCUAGCUAUUCACUGGAGCUAGAGAGAGAAGAGUUUUGUAUUGGGAGUGUUAUAGAUGCAGUUGUGAGCCAAGUAAUGCUGUUGAUGAGAGAAAGAGGUCUGAAACUCAUUCACGAAAUUCCUGAAAGCAUCAAGACAAUGGUAGUGUAUGGUGAUCAAUCUAGAAUUCAACAAGUUCUGGCUGAUGUUUUGCUUAACAUGGUUCAUCAUACACCACCUCCAAAAGGGUGGAUACAAAUCAAUGUGCAAACUAGUUUGAAGCAGAUAUCUGGUGGAAUUACUACGGUGCAUGUCGAAUUCAGGCUUGCCUGUCCAGGUAAAGGUCUUCCUGCAGAAUUGGUCCGAGAGAUGUUCCAUAGCAGUCAUUGUGCAACUUCGGAAGGUUUAGGAUUGAGUAUAUGCAGGAAAAUACUGAAGCUAAUGAAUGGAGAAAUCCAAUAUGUAACAAGAUCAGAGAAGUGUUAUUUCAUCAUCACCAUCGAGCUGCCUACAUCCAAAGAAGGCGCAAGGACAAAUUUUUAGGUCAGCACUAAUAUUUCCCUAAGCUAUCUGUGAUGAUCUCUGGCUUCAGUUUGCAUGAUGUCGUGAAAGUCCCAAACUGAAAUUGAUCAGAGUAUAAUAACCUCUACUGAAUGGUGGAAUGACUAUUUGUAACUGUAGAUUAAAUUUUCUCAGCACUUUAGUUUUUUAUUUAUUUCGUUUUUUGAUGUUAUACUGAACUUUGUACAGUGUAUCCUUUCAUCUGCAAUUUGUGAAAGCAGAUGCAUAGAUAACAUGUGCAUAAUUUGUUUCCACCUAGAAUCCAAUUCUUUCUCUCGGACUUUGGAUAGUCUACGCUUUGGCCAAAACAAAGCAUGUAUGAAUACGGAGUACUUUCUUA